GAAGUGAGGCAGCACGGACACUGUCCAGUCAUUCAUAACAGAGCAUCACUUGAUCGUUCAGAGGAAGAGGAGCAAUUGCAAAAGGCAGGAGGGUUGAAUUGUCGUCCUUGCCAGGAGACUAAGACAGGGGGAGAAAAAGAGACAGAGAGAGUGAGAGAGAGGGAGAGACGUUCUGUUUUUCUGACUGAGAGGGUACCUUGUGCUGUCCUCGCUGCCUGCCCUAGCCAAAGUGCCCGUUGCCCCACUCCAGUCCCAGUCAAGACUGAGAGCAUCAGCACUGCUGCCAUGGCGAUGGCCGCCACUUCCAGAGCUUCCCUCUCGCUGCUCUCCCUCAAUCUCUCCUCCUCUUCGUCCUCUGUUUCCUCCCUUGCGCAGUCCCGUCGUUCUCCUUCCAUGGCCGCGUCCCGAAGCUCCCACGUUGGAGGCAGUCGGGACCUUGUCUCUGUCAAGCAGCGCCUCUCCUCUUCCUCCUCGGUCAAGACCGGCGCGCCUCGCGUCUCGGCUACCAGGACCGCCAAUGUGUCCCCCGUCUCCGCCGUCUCACCGUCCUCGUCUAGUCCCGGGGCCACCAGCCAGGGAGCGAAGCAGGCGCUCAUUUCGCUUUCUGAUAAGCGAAACCUUGAAUUACUUGCCAAUGGACUCGGUGAUCUUGGAUAUAAGUUGGUAUCAACAGGCGGUACUGCCACUGCCCUUGUAAAGGCAGGCUUUUCUGUCACAAGGGUUGAAGAGCUAACAUCGUUUCCGGAAAUGCUCGAUGGGCGCGUGAAAACAUUACAUCCAGCAGUUCACGGCGGUAUUUUGGCAAGGCGAGACAUGCAGUCCCACAUGGAAGCACUCCAGCAGCAUGGAAUUGGAACUAUCGAUGUGGUGGUGGUUAACCUAUAUCCUUUCUAUAGUACCGUAACAUCCUCAAACGUAGAUUUUGAGACGGGGGUUGAGAACAUCGACAUUGGAGGUCCAUCUAUGAUUAGAGCUGCCGCAAAGAACCACACGGAUGUGAUGGUAGUAGUUGACCCCGAUGAUUACCCAGAAGUUCUAGCAAAGCUUCAAAAAGGUGAUGAUAGUAGCAUCAGCUUCCGAAGAAGGUUGGCGUGGAAAGCGUUUCAGCAUGCGUCAUCUUACGAUUCAGCUGUGGCUGAAUGGUUAUGGAAGCAUCAGCGAGAUGGUGAAGAAACAACUGAAUUUCCACCAAGUCUGACAGUACCUCUGACUUUGAAACAAAAGUUAAGGUAUGGUGAGAACCCACAUCAAAGGGCUGCUUUCUACGAGGACAAGUCACUUUGUGAAUUCAGGGCUGGAGGCAUCGCCACUUCAGUGCAAUAUCAUGGCAAGGAAAUGUCAUAUAACAACUAUUUGGAUGCGGAUGCAGCCUGGAAUUGUGUAUGCGAGUUCAACAAUCCUACAUGUGUGGUAGUCAAGCAUACUAAUCCUUGUGGAGUUGCCUCUGUUGGUCCAAAUCAAGGACUGUUGGAGGCUUACCGUCUUGCAGUCAGGGCUGAUCCUGUUAGUGCAUUUGGAGGCAUUGUCGCAUUCAAUGUGGAAGUAGAUGAGACCCUUGCACGCGAGAUUCGGGAGUUUCGUAGUCCCACAGAUUGUGAAACCCGGAUGUUUUAUGAAAUUGUGGUGGCUCCCAGUUACACAGAGAAAGGUCUAGAGAUUUUGAAGGGGAAAUCUAAAACUCUCCGUAUUCUGAAGGCUGAACAUACCAAAAAGGGUCGACGGUCUUUGCGACAAAUUGGGGGCGGUUGGUUGCUCCAGGAUUCUGAUGACAAGACACCAGAAGACCUUGGGUUUAAAGUUGUUACAAGCAAGGUGCCAACCUUGGAGCUCGUGGAUGAUGCUCAAUUUGCUUGGCUAUGCUGCAAGCAUGUGAAAAGCAACGCCAUUGUUGUAGCUAAGGAUAGCCGGAUGUUAGGAAUGGGAAGUGGCCAACCGAACCGAAUCAAGAGUUUGCAAAUAGCGUUGGAAAAGGCUGGGGAGGAAGCAAAAGGUGCUGCUCUCGCAAGCGAUGCAUUCUUUCCGUUUGCUUGGAACGAUGCUGUUGAAGAGGCUUGCAAGGCAGGUGUGAAGGUCAUAGCACAGCCUGGUGGUAGCAUGCGUGACCAAGACGCUAUUGACUGUUGCAACAAGUAUGGAGUAGCUAUGCUUUUCACCGAAGUUCGUCAUUUCCGACAUUGAUAAGCAUGGCACUUGUGAAUCAUUUAAUUCAAACUAUCACGGAAUGACAAUGAGAGGAUCCUGGAUUGUCAUACUUCAUCUGGAUAUCCAAAGACGGACCCAAGGCACCUGUGUAGUGAGCCGCGUAUGAAAGUGUAUCUUUGGUCACUUUAACAGCACCAGGUAGUCUUUGAUAGUUUUACGCAACUUAUCAUGUCUACAGGAUUGCUGUAGCUUUUUCUAAUAGGAUUUUGUCACAUGCCUGGUGAUCAGGGAUGCCAAGCGUCUUAGUUUUUAUCAGUCACUCGUUGUGGCGAGAUUUUGGGUCUACAGAAGUCUACAAUGGAAGCAGAUGGUAGGGCAGGGUGCUGAACGAGAAUCUGCUCAUGCAGCCAUUUUUGUCUUUAAAUCCAGCUCCCAAAUUUUGUCAUCUGAGGUGGUGGCUGAGGUAAAAACAUUUAGUGGAAUCUGUAAUUGUGCUGCGUUGUGGAUGAGCACGAGUUAGCAAAUAAUGAGUACACUUUUGGGUGCACA